AUGGCCACCUCAAGCAAUUUGCUCCCAAAAUUGGCCAGAAGGAUUAAUUUAACAAGGGUAAGAUAUUCUAUAAUUUAGUUUUUGGCUUUUAGGUUUGUUUUUGAGGAAAUGAGGUUUAUAGUUCUUCUUUUGGAUGUAUAAUAUAAGAGUACUCUUGUUUCGCCUUUAUUCUGGUUUUAUUUUAUAAAAUUUGUUAUAGGAAAUGUUAGAAAGUAUGUAUUUUAGUAGUUUUGCAUAGUUGUUUUUAAUAUUUGUAUUUUAGAGCGUCCACGUCUUGCGGCACGUAUAUGCUCCACCAGCAGUAGAGGAAGGGCAAUGUCAACGGCCUCCCGACCUUCAGAACUUGCAAAAAUAUGAGCAUUUAAGAAGACCUGUUGAAUAUAAAGUGAGCCCUGUUAAAGUGAUUCUUUUGGAGGAUGUGGAAGGUAAAUCUUUGUGUUUAUUAUUUGCUUUUAGGAUGGAUAACAUGAUAUUAGUUCGGAAAAUGGCUUCAGAAGCUUGAAUUGGUUUUUAGUUGUUUUGAUAUAAGCAUCUUGAGGUAUUUGAAAGACUUUACGGCUUAAAAAUAUCUAGGUUGCAUGAUAUAAACGUUUUUAUUGGGGGUAUACUAUCAAAUUGGUGUUUUAGGUAUCGGCCAUCAAUUUGACGUUGUAGAAUUGAAUCGAAAUGAAGCACAUCAAAGUGUUCUGCUACCAAAGAAAGGAGUAUAUGCAUCGCCGUUUGAUUUGGAGUAUUAUGGCAAGAAACGAGAGGUAUUAUUUUGUCUAAAGUUAUUUUAAAGAAUGUUAUAUAUUUCAUAUAUUUAGUAGUUUAUAGCUUUCAUACUUGUGGUGUAACAAAAAAUGGCGUUGUUUAUGAUUUUCAAUGUACUGCUUCUAAUUUUAAAGGUUUUUAAAAUUGUUACAAAAAACAACGUUAAUAUUUCCCUUUUUAGGUUAUGAAAGAAGAAUUAGCAGCCAGAAUCCGGGUACCAUACGAAUAUCUGGUGCUGGGUAGAAAGCUCCUAAAAGAAUUGGUACCAGUGCACGUUUCAAUGGAGAAUAAAUGGAAGAUUAGCUCGGAAAUAGUCAGUGCAUCGUUGUUUGAAAAGGUAACAUCAUAUUUUUUAAAUUAAAAUUUUUUGAAGAUUUUAGGUAAUCCUACGCUAAUUUUUGAUUUUUUUGUAGAAGUUCAAUCCUAUUAGAUUUGUUUUAGCAAUGAAAAUCUUUUAGGAAAUCAUUGCACCCCCAAAUACGAUUGUUUUGCCAUCAGAAAGCGCGAUAUCUGGUCCGGACUUUGAACAAGAAGCUAAAUUGUUCAGAUUUUACAUUGUGGUAAGUUUGAAAACAGUAAUAUUCAGUAGAAAGAGAUGUUAUUCUAUCUUAUUUUUGUUUUUAAUUUGAUUGUAUUUGCAAGAUAUACAUGAUAUUAGACCACCGAAAAAUACCUGGAGUUUUUUGUUAAGAAUAUAUAGCAAUGCACUCCGGGUAUUUUGCGGUUCUCUAAAAGUGUUAUAUUACAGUUGAUUUUAAAGUUUAAAGGAUUUUAUAUUGGUUUUGUGAUAGCUUUAAACAUUUUUAAGCUGGUUUAUUUAUAUUUUUUCUAAAAAUUUUUAUUUUUUUUAGCUAGGCGAACAAUAUGUCAUACCGAUGAUUGGACGCGUUUCUCAUGUCACAACUGAUGAUACAGCGGCUGUAAGUUGAAAAUACUGGUACUCUUGGUUGUUUUAGAGGAUUUUAAAGUUUUUUUGUUUUUACUACGAAAAUUUAAAAAAAAAUUUUUUUUUAAUUUUGAAAUUUUUUUUUAAAAUUUGAUUUGCCAUUUUUAGUCCCUAUACCCACAAGGCCUGACAUUCCCAUCAAACGAACAGUUGAAAAAGUACGGAUUGAAGCAAGAAACACCAUACUUUCAUCGAAAAGGCAAAUUCACCGCCGAUGACAGCAUUUUGGACAUUUUAAAGCACAGAAACGACUGA